AUGCCCACGUGGGGUCGCCGCUCCGGCAAGGCCGGCUCGGCCGGCUCGUCGGCGGGCGCCGCAGGCAGCGCACCUGCCUCGGCCUCGCCGUCGCCCUCUGGCUCGCCGGCCAAGCGCUUCAGCCUCGUCUCGAGCUCGCCGCGCGCGACUCAGCAGGCAAGCGUGGCGAGCGCGCCGCGCAACCCCGCCACGCCCACCAAGGCCAUCCCCACGGUCAGCGUCUCGCCGCCCGAGGUUGCUGAGCCGGCGCCGCGCUCGGCCAAGUCGCCGUCGUCGCACUCUGUCUCGCUGCCGGGCUCGGACGGCAGCUACAGUCCCGAGGCGGGCUCCAGCCCUGACGAGGAGCACGGCAGCGUGCCGCCGAGCCUCACCACUGGCAGCACCAGCACGAGUGUCGACAGCCUGGACGGCCCCUCGCCGUUCGACCUGCCGUCGCCGGCCCGGUCAGCGCUGGCUGCUGUGGCUGGCACGGCUGCCAUCGACGACGGCACGGUGGUGAAGAGCCGGACACCCACCAGUGCCGUGGUGGUCGCUGCAGGCGAGACGACCGUCGUGCCGCCGACGUCGCACGAGAGCAGCUCGGACGGCAGUGCGCUGCUGCACUCCGAGUUCGGCUUCUGCUCGAAUCCCAACUACCGGCACGUCUCGACACACCGCGCCGGCAGCUCGCUGCCCUCGCCCAUCGAGGAGGAGCCGUCGUACUACGUCGUGCUCACGACGUACAUCUCGUACCUGUCCCUGAUUGUCAUUGGCCACAUUCGCGACUUUCUCGGCAAGCGCUUCCACCCCGCCGCGUACCGGCAUCUCGUCGAGAGCAACGGCUACGCAGCCCUGAACUCUGACUUUGACAGCUUCUACACGCGGCGACUCAAGACGCGUCUCGACGACUGCUUCUCGCGGCCCGUCACGGGCGUGUGCGGCCGCACCGUGCUGACGCUGAACCGCUCGUCCGACGACUACUACAAGUCCUUCCGCCUGACGGGCGAGAAGACGCGCGCGCUCAACAUCUCGGCGUACAACUACCUUGGCUUUGCCCAGUCGCACGGCGGCUGCGCCGAUGCCGUUGAGGAGAGCCUGCGCCGCUACGGCGUCAGCUCGUUCGGCUCGCGUCUGGGCGCCGGCUCGCUCGACCUGCACGCGCAGGCCGAGCGCCUCGUGGCCCGCUUCGUGGGCCAGCCCGAGGCGUGCAUCAUCUCUAUGGGCUUUGCGACGAACUCGACGACGAUCCCGGCCAUCGCUGGCGCUGGCACGCUGAUCAUCUCCGACGAGUACAACCACUCAUCGCUGCGCUUCGGUGCGCGUCUGUCGGGCGCGAGCAUCCGGCAGUUCAAGCACAACGACAUGAAGGAGCUCGAAAGCCUGCUGCGCGAGUGCAUCUCGCAGGGCAUGCCGCGCACGCACCGGCCAUGGAAGAAGAUCCUGCUCAUUGUCGAGGGCCUGUACUCGAUGGAGGGCACUGUUGUCAAUCUCCCCGUCGUCAUGCAGCUCAAGGAGAAGUACAAGUUCUACCUGUACGUCGACGAGGCGCACUCCAUUGGCGCCCUCGGCCCCAACGGCCGCGGCGUCUGCGACUACUUUGGCAUCGACCCGCGGCGUGUGGACAUUCUCAUGGGCACGUUCACCAAGUCGUUUGGCGCUGCCGGCGGCUACAUUGCCGGCAGCAAGGAGAUUAUCGACCGGGUGCGCCUCGCCAACCACGCCAACGUGUACGGCGAGACGCUUGCGCCGCCGGUGCUGACGCAGAUCAUUGCGAGCAUGGCGAGCAUCAUGGGCGUCAGCCUCGAUGCCAACUCGCAGCAGCUGCUGCCGAAGUGGGUCGACCUGCCGCCGCGCCUGCUGGACGGCAGCGAGGGCCGCGAGCGCCUGCGCCGGCUAGCGUUCAACGCGCGCUACCUCUCGAGCGGCCUGCGCAAGCUCGGCUUCAUCGUCUAUGGCCACCGCGACAGCCCCAUUGUGCCGCUGCUCAUCUUCCACCCGGCCAAGAUGCCGAUGUUCUCGCGCCUCAUGCUCGACCGGCAGCGCAGCCUGCCGCCGCACCGGCGCGUGUGCCGCGAGGACGGGCCCGAGUUCGAGGAGCAGAACGCCAAGCAGCUCGCCAUCCUCAGCGACCCGGCCAGCGCCGCGGGCGAGGCCGACGAGCCGGCGCGCCCGCCGAUUGUCGUCGUCGUCGUGGGCUACCCGGCGACGCCGCUCAUCUCGUCGCGCGUGCGCUUCUGCGUCAGCGCGAGCCACACGAAGAAGGACAUGGACGACGUGCUGCGCGCCUGCGACGAGGUCGGCGGCCUGCUGGCGAUGAAGUAUGGCAGCGGCGGGCCCGGCGGCGUGUGGCCGAUCGACAAGGUCAUCGAGCGGGCACUCGACCUUGUGCAGUGGAACGGCGAGGACGCCAUCUAG